AUGGCGGGAAGUGACCCACGGAAGCACCUCUUCAACUUAAUUCACGAUUUCGCCUCCGAGAAGACGCACGGAGAGCGAAGAGUGGUAGGUCUGAGGAAGCGAAUUGAAGAGCUCCGAUCUGAGCUAGAGGUUGCAAAUGCAGAGCUCGAGGAAGCCAAGCGCAGCAAGGAAACUACUGAGCAAGAGCUUAAAGGAUACGAAGUUGAAUUGGCUAUGAAUGAAGCUGCGAUUCAAACGCUAGAGUCAAGGAUUUCUCUGACUCAAGACGAGAUUUCCACAGUCGGAUCGGAUUUGGAUGCUCUUAAGAACAAAAAAGGGGCUUCGCGAGAUGAGUUUAUAAGCCAAAUGUUUGAGAUCAACACUCAGAUAAGGAAGUUCCAAGAGUCAAUUGCUCGAAAAAUUUAUGAGCUCUUGUACAAUGGAAGUACAGAAGAAGAAGAUCCCAAACUAGCGAAGGAGGAGGUUACUGAAGGUGCUUUAAGUACACUUGAAGAUAUGCUUGCUGGUGUAAUAUCUCAGACAACCGAAGUGGAAGAAGAAUACAAAUCAGAACAGAACAUUCAAAAGCAGGUCCAGCAGGCGCUGAUUGAUUGUGAAAGGAAGGUAUUCUUGAUGGAGGAGAUGUUACAAGCAACAAAAGCAUUGCAGGACUUGACAAGAUAUCCUUUUCAAGAUUGCAUUGGUUACUGA